ACGAACCGAAACUCGCGACAAAACACUCGUGCGCUCAAAGAUGGCGGAUGGGUCGCCCGAGGACCGUGCCGGUCGGACUCAAAACGAGGAUUUAACUUUUUCCGCGUCUGAUCCAUCACACGGUGACACAAAAAAGUGUAGUGGGCAAGCCGCGGAAGGCGUCAGAUUGAAGUUAUCGUUCUAUACCGAACUGGAUGCGAGUGAAUCGUGUGAGAAAAGUGAGACGCGCGGCGUGGUAGGCGAUUGCUCCGUGGCGGUCGCAACAGCAGAUUUCCGAAAAACACCCGGCGAGAGCGUCGCUCACGACGGAGACGACAGGAAGAAGCGAUGCAUCGACCGAUACGACAGCUCCGAGUCUUCUGACAGUGGUGUGGCGGUGCUGAGUCCGACGGAGAGCGGCGGCUGCAGCGGCAGCGACAUCACUGAGCCGCGCUCGCCCCGGAGUCCCGAGUCGGGCUGCAGCACGAGCGAGGAGGGCGCGGACGCGCGCAUGCCGCCUUGGGCGAGCGAGCCGGCGCCGCCGGCACCGAGACCGCGCCUCGCGGCUCAGCCCGCGCCUCUCCGCCGCCCCAACCCGCCCAUUCACCGCCGCAUUACCGAGUACUUUAACCAUAAAAUGAAGCCGCAGAAUGGCGUCAAGCGAGACUCCAACACGGUCACUAGUAACGGUGACACCAAAAAAAAGUGCCUACCCAAAAACGGUGUCACCCACGACCUCGAAAAGUAUAUCUCGUACUUAUCGCAAACUUUGAGUCCGAAAGUCCUGCUCGAUGUCGGAAAACAAUCUGAGGCAACGAAAGAUCCGGUCAGCCAAUCAACACCAGUCAGCGCAAACUCCUCAAAAACAGAUUUACCUAAAACGACAUCAUCCGUUACACCUCUCAAUGGUAUGAAAGAAUGCAGCAAAGCUAAGGGCAACAAAGGAACGCAUACGAUGAACGGUUUAAUGGAUAUCCGGCACGGAAUAGAAACGUACAAUAAAGAAAAGAACAUGGGAUAUUUGAACGGUUUGAACGACAAUAAAAAACGAAACUUAAAAAUGACUCAGGGACCAUCAGCUAGUACAAUGGCAAACUUGAACAAACCUAAAGCUCCAAUACCGAGUUCGAGCGAAUUACUUGGAAUUAGAAUCGCACCCGCAGUAUGCAUCAGUCAGUCGCCAAAAAAACAAUCGCCUGUCAAACCAGACCCUAUGAAAUACAAUGGCGUGGUUAGUUCCACCACUAAGUUAGAUAGCAGAAUGAAUGGAGUCACAUGUGGUUCUAAUAACCUUAAUCUAAUAAAUAAACCAACAUCAACUAAAAAGGAGCCCGUUAAAAAGAAUACGCAGCCGAAUAAGCGGACUAACCGUAAAUCAUCAGCUUGUAUCGCAAAUAGCAAAAAUUUAACUUGGUCCAAAGCUAAUAACCUAAAACAGGUCCAAUUACAAAAACAAAACUGUACAAACCAAACACAAAAUCCACCGAUAAGUACUCCUGGCGAAGCGAGUCCAGCACCAAAAAUGAAUAUUCCAAACGGAGUUCGCCAAGUCUCUAUGACUGUUAAUGGAAAUCUUGGGAAUAUAAAUGUACCUGUAGCAAAUCUCCAAAACUGUCACCAAAUUAAUCUAUCGCAGCCCUGUAACGGUACUGUAACACCUAACAAUAAUUUGGCAUCAUUUGUUGCCGUACCGCCGAACAUGAUGUUGACUGCGUUAAGAAUACCUCAGAAUGGAUUACCCGCUCAAACUUUAAACCAGCAAGGUAAUAUUGCUUUUAAUCGACCAAAUGUUAACGUUUCGAGCCCAACGAAGUUAAAUGGUCAAUUUGUUUUUCCACUGAUGCAAAAUAUCAAUGGGACUGUAUUACAAAUACCGAAUUUAAUGGCGAAAAUGCCAAAUUUCGUUCUCCCUCAAGCGCCGCAAAUGGGCCCACAGAGGCAAGACCACAUACAUAACCAACAGGCUGCACAAUUUCUUUUUAAUGGAACCUUGUUAAAACUUGCGAAUACGGUUCAACCCACAUAUACACCCGCAAACAAACCUGGCCCUGUCACUAGUCAUUCAAUACCAGUGAUGAACAAAAACAUCCCAGGACUGCAGCCUGUUGGAAUGACAGUUCAGCAAAAACCCAAUUACACUGUGAACCUAAGUCAUCCUGUUUUAGUACCCCAACCUGGAUUUAUCGUGACUUCUGUGCCAAAUAUGAACGUCAAAGAGACGUGGAGCUAUACGAGUACCGGCUCCACUCCGACUUCGCAAAUAACGUGCUCAAAUCCAAUUGUCCACCACCCUCCCCCUAUCGUUACGAACUUUACUAAUCAAAUGCUACACACGAGCAGUAUACCCAUAGCUCCAGUGAAGCCGCCGGACAACCCGAUUCAGGGGACGGAACCGCCUAGUAGUACUGUUAAGGAACCAGAAUUAAGUGAAGUGAGAAAUUUUAAGUGUGAUAUUCCAUGGCUGUCUAAAACUGUUAAUAAUAAUAUUGUUCCAUUAGAUUCUAAUAAAUUCUCGAGGCCUUUUGCACAAGUUAGUAGUUGUUCGGAAAAGCUUGAAGAAUUCGCGAUCGGAAAAGCGGAGAAAGAAAACAUACAGAACGAGGAACUAAAGAACGAUUCUAAAGUGGAGAGUACAAGUGACGAUUUAAAGAAAGUGGAGGAAGUCGCUAGAAGAGAGGAAACAAUCUUUACGCAAAUUACUGUUUUAAAGGAUGUGUCGUCGAAUGUUCAAAAUACUGUGAUAGAAGCAAAUUUUUGUAGUACUACCACGGAGUCGUCGGAGUCUGGUAUAGGGACUGAUAAAUCUAUUGAUUCACCGAGUGACUCGCAAACUAGCAAGGAAUGUGACGAAGACUCCUCCUUAUCUCUUAGUAUUAGUGUGAGCUCAAUUGAAACGCAGAGUAGCCAGAAAAGCCCAAUUCUAAAGCAGCCCAAAAUAUUGCGGUUUCCGCCGAGAACUCUCACGAAGCCAGAAAAUGAUCGAAGGACAUCCAGCACGGAUACCACCAGUGUGACAGUCUGUUUAUGGGAGAACUGUAAACGGGAGUUGGAGAGCGAUACAGACCUAUUGGACCAUUUACAGACUGUCCACGUGGAAUCACAAGCGGGCAAGGAGAACUACGUGUGUCUAUGGGAGCAGUGCAAAGUGCGCGGCAAGCCGUCGUGUUCUAGACUGUGGCUGGAGCGACACACUCUGUCGCACGGCGGGAACAAGCCCUUCAAAUGCAUCGUCGACAGCUGCGACAGGAGAUUCUCCACUCAGAUAUUGUUGGAAAGACACGUGAACAAUCACUUCAACGAGUCGUCACCUAACGCUGGCAAUGGGAAGAAGGCCGCGGACAGUUCGUCCAAGUUGAUACGGCGGAAUGGCAAGAAGCUGCGGUACAGGAGACAGCCUUGGUCUGCGCGCAUGUUCGAUUUCUUCGACACGGGCAUGAUGGAGGGGCUCGCGUGGCGCCUGUCGCGCUGCACGCGCUGGCGGCUGGGCGGCGGCUGUCCGCUGCGCGAGCCGCCGGGCCGGCACACGCUCACGCUGCACGCCGCCGUCGCCGCCUCGCGCUACAACGCGGCCGACGCGCGCCGCGAGACGCUGCUCACCUACUACCCGCCGCACGUAAUCGACGACGAGUGGGUUCCCGAAGAAGAAGUGAAACGAGUGAAGAGAGUGGAGAUUUCCCAACUUCCCGCGCACUCGAAGGUGUUGCUGUACGACCAGUUCUGCAGCUCGUACCGCAAGACUCCGUCCCCGCCGCCCACGAGGAAGGCGCCCGUGGUGACGUCGCAGCCGGUGCGGCUGCUGCCCACGCGCCAGUGCACCUCCUCCAGACUCCUGAACAACCUCAUCGCGCAGCAGAAGAAGAAGGAGACCUACAGCUGCAACGCCACCAACAUGCCGAUGGAGUUCAGGGAGGACGACAGAAGCGAGAAGGUCGAAGUCAGCGGAGCUAAGAAACGGAAAAUGGGGAGACGGUACGGCGGGAACUCGUUCUGGCCGUGCGGACGAUAAUUGAGAGGUAUUCGGGAGCGUGCCGCACUGUCCUCGCGAUUUGUCGACGUUGUAUCAGAUUUAACGCUGUGGAUUUUUGGUUCCGUUAUUUUAUUUUCAGGGAGCGACCGUUUUAGACGGGGGUAUUUCGGAUUUUAGGGAAUUGACGAAGUCGUAUCGACGGCUGACGACGCGUCGCCGGCGCCUAGUGCGGCACGCUCCGGGACAGAUGUUGAUUCACCGGCGGGCGCGUCCGUAGGAAUGAACAUUGAAAACAAGACUGAUUCUUACUUUUUAUAAAAUGAUAUUGAAUGAAAUGCGUACCUCGAGCCGGGGGUCGGCGCCGGGCGAACAAAUGUGUACAUAAUUAGGCGGAAAUGUAUAAAGGUUAGGGUCGAGCGCGACGUGUACAUUAGGCGAUUUAGUUUAAUAUUCCACUUCGGGUCACCGGAGGGUAGCGGACGGAGCAGUCUGAGUAGACGUAAGCUAGUACGUAAGGAGAUGACGACCAGCGAUUUAGCAUCACUGCCAAUUGUAAAUAGUAUAGUCUUAAAUAGUUAGAAACGCGAUUUUAUUUCGGGCUUAGGUUUUUGCGUCGAGCGGCUUUCGCUUACGAGGGCCGGCGGGGUUUUGAUGUUGUUCGGUUUAGCGUGAUCGAGUAUCACCAAGUGCCUCUAUAUUGCACAUCCGGGCUGCCCAUGAACGGCGACUGAUCGACGGCAACAUGCCAAAGUGCUAUGCAACUAGCUGAUACAUCAAUCCAGUUAAAUAGACUACAAACUACUCUGUUGUACGAAAGAAUGUCGUAGCUGCAAAUUUUUACAAACCAGGGGUUGCAACCAAUUUGGCAGGUUGUGAGGUUAUAUCCGAUGAAUUAGAAGGUAUUUUAUGGGCAGCCCCACACCAUAGCAGUGUUCACUUUAUAUCAGGUUUACCGCGUAGUCAUAUCAACGCAGAUAGUUUUAGAGUCCAAUUUUUAAUAAUCGUUUUAUACCCAUGUUCCGAAGUGUUUUUUGAAGGAAUCAACAGCUGUCUGUUUUUGUAGCCGUAUCAUACUCUGGUUUGUAUUGGUUUCGAAAAUUAAAAAAAAAUAUUUUAUUAUAAAAUGUUACAAUAUAUCUAAUUCAUGUCAUAUGUCGAUAGGCCUAAUAAAAUUCUUGAUGUAAAAGCUCAGAUUUCAACUGGGUUGUAAGUCAGUCAAAUAAAGUUAAUUUGUCAAAUGCCCGACUAGUUUCAAACCCAUUAAGAGUUUUAGUUUUAUGAGCGUAAUUAUUAAUACUAAAAAAACAAGAAAAUCUAAUGCCACUGUUUUCGAACACCAAUCUAUCCAAGUACGAUGCGGCGUGUAUAAAUCACUGCCAUCUAAAGUUGUAUUUGGUUGUUAAGUGCAAUUUACGAACUUGCAUCGACAACAUAACUUUUAGCAAUAAACGAUUUGUGAUAAGAUACUUGAAUAGUUAUUCGUAAAAUCGACCGAUAUUAUUUUUCACGCACAAGAAGUUUGUAGCCGUGUUUUUUGUGUAAUACAAUUUAUUGAAUAGUCUAGCUGAUAUAGGAUAAAGGGAAUGAGUUCCACGCUUACUGUGCGUAUUGCUCUUGCGUAUACGCAGUGGUUCAUAUUGCGUACUACUCUUGCGUAUACGCAGUGGUUCAUAUUGCGUACUACUCUUGCGUAUACCCACUGGUUCAUAUUGCGUACUACUUUUGCGUACACGCAGUGGUUCAUAUUGCGUACCAUUCUUGCGUAUACGCUGUGGUUCAUAUUGCUACUAAUCCUACGUUUAUGUAGUGGUUCAUGUUUCGUAUACGCAGUGGUUUAUAUGCUACUAAUUCUAUGCAUACGCAAAAGUUAACACUGCGUACUGCUGUUGCGAUUACGUAAUGGUGCAGAGCGUGUGCCACUUGACUAUACGCCAUUGGUGUAUACGCAAUUAAACCAAAAUUAAUUACGUUCAAAGUGCGUGUCACUUUUGUGUAUACGCAAUAGUUUGUGCGUGCCACUCCUGCGUAUGGGUAUAAUGAAGAAAUUAAUUGAAGGGCUUGUAGAAAUGAUUUUUUAAUUUUAUGACGAUUUCUUGACAAUUGAAGGAAAAGUAAUAUAUUAGUAAUUGAUUUUCUAUUUUAUACAUACUUAUUUAAUAACGUAGAAUAUUUUUUUCUUCAUUCUAUUCAAGGAUGUCUUGGAGAAUGAUAUUUGAAUUUAAAAUGGAAGGCCGCACCCAUAUCCAUAUUAGUAUGUACUUUCGACCAAUUACAGGCAAAGAUGAUUUCAUCUUGUCUUUCAUUGGUUGGAAUAUUUAGGAGUGGUCUUCUGUUUGAAUUUAGAAUAAAGCAAUUGGUUUUAUUCAAUUACAAACGUUCGACUCAUUGUGUUCAUAAAAGAGAAUAUGUUUUGCUUGCAUAAUUAUUUAUUUAAAAAGAAAACGAAUCCUUAAAUGGGUGUAAAAUUUUAAAUAUAUGCACUAACUUACUGAAGUGUUAAAAAGAAAAAGAUUUUAGACAGACAUUUAGUCAUAAAUACGUGUCCACUUUCAUGGAUAUGAAUGUUUGUCGAAUUUGAUAAGACGAAUCGCUUUAUAGUAAAAUAUGACGCAGGUCUUCCUGACGGACAGGUCCGAAGCAUUUUUUUAUAUAAAUAGACGGUUUAGGUGUUUAUUAACAUUUUUGAUGGCCCUUAUACAGACGUCGAUGCCUUUUUAGCCCUAAGGUUAAUAUACAUGUGGAUGAUGGACGCUUGUACGAACAUUUCGUGGACCUUAAUUAUUCGAAUAAAAUUACAAAGUUACACCAAACAUACAAUUGUCUUUAAUAAAAUAUUUUCCUUUCUAUUUAAGCAUAGUCUGUGCUAGAAUAAUAACUCAAAUAGUAUCAAAAAUAAAAUCGCUCUGAUUUUAUGGUUUUGAGUAAUAAUAUUAAAAAACAAUAUUAGACAAAAGAAAAUUCUCUCUUUACUAAUAACGCCACACGGAAACGGCGAAGGCAAAAUAAUAUACAAGUAUAUUGUUCGACAAAAAUACGUAUGCUUCAAUGACUUUAACUUAAAAAUAUAAUGAAAUGUCCGCCAGUCUGGACGGGGCCUUGAUGGUUGUUGACUAAAAAUUAAGACAUACGUGUUUUUAUGCUAUACGUAUGCUUCACUUCACAUUAAAAAUGUAAAAGUACUUGUGCUUUGAACCAAGAGUUUUACUAUGACUUGAUCCAAUAAAAAUAAAGAACAUUAAUAGAGAUUUUUUGUGUGUAGGUUUAGUAAAUGUUCGUAUUAGUGUCCACUUUAUACAAUAUAUUGUGUUCUGUGCUCACGCGAUCUCGCUAGUAUUUUUUAGUUAGUGCCUCUAGUGUUAAGUUAGGACGAAUUGCGUCUGGCGCGUGCCGCCGUCUCUUGUUGACGUUCGCUUCUUGGUCUAAGAGCCGGCGUCAGAAAUAUACACCCUCAUCUGUUAUUUAUUUGUGAUCAGAAAUAAAUUAUAAAUAAUUUUCACGGUGACACAUUGCAAAUAGGUUACCUAGUUAAAUGAAAUCAUGGACUAGAUCAAAGGCACCUAGAUAAAUUUUGACUGACGUAUUAGAUGACUAAAUAUUGAUGACAGUAUUUAUAUAACAUUAAUAAACUGUUUAUAUCUGGCAACUCCACGGUUGCAGUGUAAAUUCUGGCAACCUUUACGUUUUAAAUUCUGUUGGGUAUAUUAUUUUAACUAGUGUACGAUUUUUAUUAAUUAAGUAAAGGUAUAGAUUGAAUGAAUUAAAAAAACUAUAAUCAUUUAAUACUCUCCGCCCGCAACUUAACUAGGCGACCUAUGUGCAAUGUGUCAAUGUGAAUAUUUUUCUAUCAUUAUUUAUGUCUUGUAUCAAAUAAAUAACAGAUGAGGGUAUAUAUUCCUCAUGCCGGCUCUCGUACUAUCAGGUGGUUAGGUUAGGGACAGGUAUGUUGUUGUAGGUUGUCAUUUGUUAGUGUACAGCGCCCUCUAGCGUAAUAUGUAAAUGAGAAAGUAUUGGGAGGAAGGAAAGUACUUUGAUAUGAUGAGGUUUAAGGAAAGGUUGCCAGAUUGGAAUAUUAGGACUCGUUCAGACUAAUGAUACAAAUUUGUCCGACAGUCUGGACGUGGCCUUUAGGGUUGUUGACUAUAAAUAAAAAUAUGUGUUUGUAUUGAGUGUCAUAUAAAAAUAUGACAGGUCAUUUUUAGCAGAUAAUAUGAUGAUUCUUUGUGGUCAUGAUGAAAUUUGUUAAAUUUAGUUUAUUAAAAAAUAGUCAAUGACCCUUUCAGCGCUGGCGUGCAUGUGAAAUUGUAAAGUUGCUAUUCUAAUAGAAAAAUGUAACUUGAGCACGUUCAGGCUCGUAAGGCUGUCCUUAUCACUGACGAGAGGAUGAAGAGAGAUGGCAAUGUGCAGUCUUGAACAUGCUCGUAGUAGGUUUGGACCCAAAGAAGCGUUUAGGAAAAUUUCAGUAGUAAAGUUGGUGCCUGAGUGUCGGCGGUUUGAAGGAAACGUGUUUACUUAUGGUCUGUUUCGAUGUAAUUUGUAAGGUAAUUUGUAAGGUAAUCAAAAAUUUUUUUAAAAAAUAAUCUAGCUUUUCGAUUACACGUUUUGGAUUUAUCGAAAUAAUAUAUUACUAAUAUUGAUGACAGAAAUAUUUAAAUGUAAGGAUCCUUUCACACUAACGCAUAUGUCUGUUUGUGGCUGUGCUAGUGUGAAGAGACAGUCACGUAAAGUUUUUGAUACGUCUGAAAAAAUACGUGUUGAAGUUAAUUAAUAAAAAUGAAAUUGAAAAGCAAUAAUUUAAUGUAGCAGUGAAUAUUUACUUUUGUUUCGAAUUAAAUUGAAACAGGUUAUACGUAUUGUAGAUUCUUUUUUGGAAUGCUUCCAAUGUACUGAUUAUUUUUUUUAUUAAAUUAAAUUUCAAUUAGAAUAAAUUAUGUAAUGUUUCUUUUUUGACAGCACUGAUUGUAGUGCCAUAAUGGACUGUGUCUGCAGCAGCCAGACAUAUCGCAUUUUGAUUUUGCCGUAUUUCCAUAGGUAAUUGCGGUAGCUGAUUAUGAACUAUGGAAUAUUGUGGCUUUGGAAGGUACCAAUGGUACAGAUCCUCACCCAUCCCAAGUAUAAAGCGUAUUUUUUUAUAUUAUCUUCGGCAUUAUUUUGAGAAAUAGGUCACCAGUCACUAGUAUCACGGCAACCGUUCGAAAAACUUCGUGGUCUUCAAAAAUGUUAGUCUCCUACGGCAACUAACAUCCAGAAGUACCACAGAAACAUGAAGAACCAUAAUUCCUUAUAAUAUCCUGUAUAAAAUGUAACAAAAUUGUGUUUUAUACUUGGACAAUUGAGGAUUUGGACCCUUAAAACUUGUUACCUUCCGAAGACACCAUGAUCCAUACUCCAUAAUUAACUACCAUACUUAUCUAUAGUAGGAGCAUGGGCUGACAAGCCUUUCUAGAAUGAGGUAUGUCUAGCUAUCGCAGACUCUAGUUCUAUAAUGUUUAAUUGGCUCGCUCGUAAAUUAAUUUAAUAGACAAAUUCGACACCAAAUUCUGAAAGACAAAAUUAUAGGUCUCUUGUAUUGUAACGUGUACCGACUAAUUUUGUGGACUUAUUUGAUCUCAAUGUAAUCGGCGGUGCAACUGUGUUGUGUGUCUGUGUGCGGCGGGGUGCACGAGUGUGGCGUCGACGCGAGUCUUCCCUCAUUGUACCGGCCCAACUGGUCCAACACGGUUAUGUUUACGGUGCUCGCUGUAUGGUCAAAUGACCUUAAUAUUAUUCUUUACGUGUACGGUGUGCGUCAUAUAAAAAAUAUGAAAUACAUAAAGAAACAUAAUUAAUAUUUGGAUACAAAAGGAUGGCCUUAUCAGUUUUGAUGAUUUCCAUCUGGCAAUAAAAUAUUCUUAUUGAAAUAUUGUGGAAUGAAAUUUGUAUAUUUAUGGGUGAAUAAAUAAGUACAACAAAUUUUUGUGAGUACUUGAAAAAUAAAAAGUACUAGUAUAAUAAACAUUCCUGUAUUUUAUUGAGCCUCUACCUCUAGGGCUUCAACCACGGAUCGUAGCUUAAGUUCUUAUGUCUGUGGCUUCAACUAUGUAUUGAAUUUAAACAAAAAGUUCUUACACUAAUGAAUUACUUUUUAUAGCUCAUUGAUAGCUAAAAUACUAAAAAAGAUUGAAAAACAAAGGAGAGAAAGAUAUUCUACUUUCUAUACUUGUGUAUAAAAAUAACACUUAUAAGACAUAACCGUGUUGGACACAUAUUGGGUUGAUGUAAACAUUUGCCUUUACUUGAAUAAGCAAUAAAUAUAUUUAAAAUGACGCCAUUUUCAUGUAUUUCGUGCGCGUGUGCUAAAGUUGUGUAACGCUCAUUAGUAAUUGUAAUUUGCUACUUGAGCAGAAACAGUCAGGCCUAUACUACGCUUGAGUACAAAUUUAAUUUUUGCUAUGAUUUUGUAAGUAUCGACUUGAGAAACUUUUGGAUUAACGAUGAUAAUGUCGCCCUUAGAGUUAGGUUAGCCGUUCGUUAGGCAGAGGAAUAUUUUGUGAACGUGAAUCUUGCAAGUAAAAUUUUAAUACGAUACGAUACGUAUAUUUUUACCACUGCCACAAUUGACGAUGUAAUAAGUAAAGUUAAGUACAUAUCUUAGGUUAUAUGACUAAAAUGCAAGAAUGAUGGGAUUGCUCUUGUUAUGGUGAGCAAAAAGGGGAAAACUAUAGUUGACUGUGAAAAGGCUUAAAUUAUGUACUUUCCUUUACUUAAAACAUCGUCGAUCACAAAACUUAGUCAUAGAGAAUUGUGUCGAGCGCUACAAUUGCGUUUUGUCGCGUAGAAAGGCGCGUGCCUUCAUAUAGACUUGCUCAGCAAAAUAAGUCUUAGUUUAGGUUACGAUUUGAAUCCUGUUGCGACGGAAGAGAUCGCUCAGUCCGGGAACGUGCGGAGUGCGCUGAGAGAGCGUUCUUCGGAUGACGCCGACUGAUGCGUGUUGCGUAUGGUUGUUCCUUGCGUGCAUGGAGGCGUGAACCACAUUACGGCUGCGAGAGACGCGUGUACAAAGGGGCCCGGCCGCUAGCCGGCGGCGUUAGCCGACUUUUAGUCUUGAGAUUGUAGAAAAAUGGUAGACAAAUAGCCGCCCGCGGAGACGCGCUCGGGCCUCGCGGUGUAAAUAGUUAAGUAUUUAUUGCUAAGUAUUAUAGCAGAGGUAAUUUGCUUCGCGCCUGGAGUGAGGCGCCGGUCGUAGUCGGGUUGUCUGUCAACAUGUUUCCUAUGUGCGUUGCGUUUAUAUUAUGAAUGUUCUCCUUUAUUGUAAAUGUUUGGAGCCUGUAUCCCGAAUAGUGUGCACUUCUUAUAUUCAAUUUGUAGAUAUUUAAUUAUAUAUAGUAUAAUGUUUAAAUCUUUCUUAUUUGCUUGGACCCUCUAUGGUGGAAUCCGAAAGUUUUUAAUUAUAAUUUUUGACCCACGCGCCUGGGUUAUCUACCUCAAUUAAUUUAUCACACAUUUGGGCAUAAUAAUAGUGAAUGUUACGUUAAACUCGGACCUUGUAAUUUGUUCAAUGUAGUGAUUUUAAGAUUUUUUAAAUACAAUAAUUUGUCCACAUGUCACAAGUACUGUAUCUUAUAUUAAAUACAUAUUGUAUGAUUGAUUACAA